ACCACGGUUAGAAACUUCUAGUCGUCGACGUUUAUCAACGUCGAUCGUUCGUGUAUUUCUCAGGCUCUUGUAUGAAUUGUUAUUGUGUAUAAAUAAAUCAAAAUGAUUUUAUCUUCGUUACAAUUAACAACGAAGAACUUGGCAAAGAUCGUCAUUUUGCCAAGUAUGAAACUUGUAUCCCCGUGUUCGUUGUUGACAAACGCUCGAGGUCUUCAUACAACCCAUAAUGUUAUGAAAAAAUUGCGUGUCGGGGAUCAGGCAAUAAGGCCUCUUCCGAUAGGGAAAAAUGUGAUAUUGGAAGGAGAAUUAUCAACUGAUAUGAUUACACCCGAGCAGUCCCUAUUCCCAGAUGCUACUACACCUUUUCAGCUGUUUGACAAUGUGCCAUACAGUGAAUUACAUAUUCUGAACAUAAAGUCGACUCGUAAUAAUACAAUAUUCACUCUCACUGAUGCCAAAGGAUUAGUAAGUAUGCUGCACACAGCUGGUAUCGAAGGGUUUAAGAAGUCGAAGAAGGGUACAAACAUCGCUGGUCAACAGACUGCGAUAACAUUUGCAAACCGUAUCCUUGAAUCAGGCGUUACAAAUGUGAGACUGAGGAUACAAGGCAUUGGACCUGGUAGAAGUGGUGCUAUUAAAGGUAUUGAACUAACGGAUUUGAAUGUGGUUUCUAUCACGGACGACACUAGGGUUUCAUGGAAUCCUCCAAGACCGAGGAAACCGAGGAGAAUAUAAUUUCUACAAGUUAUUCUAAUAUAUUUAAGUUAAUAAAUUAAUACUGAAUCCUUUAUUCAUUUAUCAA